GAGCACUCGUUGGAGAGAGAUGGCCGCCCAGAUUGCAGACCGCAGCAACGCCGGCAUGAGCUUCAACGGCGAGGACGCGCUGUCGCCCGCGCCCGUGUCCAAGCUGGAGGCCGCGCGCCUGGCGAUGGCGCAGCAGCAGAAGAAGCGCAUCGACGAAGCCGUGGCACGCGUCACGGGCAAGAAGGAGAGCGGCAAGCGCAAGGGCCUUGGCGACCGCGCGGACACCGGCCACCGCAGCAAGAAGAGCAAGACGGUGGUGGACGUGGCCAACGACCAAGUGGACAAGAAGAACUCGAUCGCGCGGAGGAUGGUGGACCGCUUCGCCUCGAUGCCCGAGCCCGAGCACGAGGAGCAGGCGGAGCCCACGACGCGCUCGGUGUCCGCGCAGCAGUUCGUGACUGUGAGCGAGGUGGCCAGCCCCUCGGACAACGCCCUUCGCGAGGUGGAGGAAAAGGAGGAGGUGGAGGUGGAGGAAGAAGCUGCUCCGUCUGGGGAUGAGGAGGAUAAGGAGCAGAAGAAGAACGAGUGGGACGGACCCACCACCAACUUCCACGUGAAGCAGCUCGGUCUGAAUGACAUGGUGGACAUUUACGCGCCCAUUGCGCAACAGCAGGAGGACGUGCAGCGCGCGCGUGAGCGAGCCAAGUACAUGCCCAGUGCCGAGAGCAUCAACACGUUGAAGACCUCGAGCGACUCGGAGGCGGACUCGGAUUUCGCGCCCAAGGAGGUGCUUAGCCAGGAGAGCGAGGAGUCGGACGCGGUGUCGCUUCCGGAAGUUGAUGCGAGCGAGGUCCAGGCGCUGGCAGAAGAGACGGAGGAGUUCGAGCAGCAGACAGCAAUUCAGACGGCCGAGAUCCGCCGGACAUGGGCCAAGCGGGUGUUCGUCUUCACGCCCCUGUUUAUUGUCGCGAUUAUUGUGCUAGUGCUUGCGCUGCUUUUUGCGAUUGACUGGUCGCAGGAGACGUUCCAGUUCUGCGAGGUGACUUCGGAGACUGCACAGGGUUCCGAAGAGGUAUUCUCGUGUGCAUCGUUCGUGGAAACUCAGUCGCUGAUCAAGUCCACCCUGCGGGAGACAGCUGAGAAGGUGCAGGAGACAGUGCAGUCGUAUUUCCAGUAA